CAGGAGAUCACUUUACUCUCUCCUGCUUAACCAGAAAGGGAGAUUCAUUCAAGUGUCCGUCUUCGUCAGACUUCUCCACAUCCAAGGGGUAACGACCACAGUAGCCUCGUGACCUCCAGUGUUUUCAAGAUGAAGCAAAAGUUGGCGCUCCAAUUGGACAUGUUUGAUGAGAAAAGGAGGGCCAAGGCCAUGAGGACUGUCGUCGGUGCUCAAGGUGUGUUGUCGGUGGCUUUGGAUGGGAAGGAGAAAAGGAAGUUGGUAGUGGUAGGUGAGCACAUGGAUGCCUUUGAGCUGGUGAAGUCUCUGAAGAAGAAGAAUUUCAGGGUGGACAUGGAGAGCUUAGAAGAAGUGAAGAGCGAGAAAAAGUAACAAUUUUGGAAUUGUUUCUUUUUGCGUACCGUCCGGCGACGUAUCGUCUGCCAAGCAGUUCAUCCUGGAGCCUACAACGACGCCCACAUUCAACCUGAUCCUAAUUUCUCCAUACGGAAGCGGAGUCGCUUAAAUUUUAACAAUUUAGAAAUUGUUUCUCCCACAAAAUGGGAAACCAUGUUACCUGUUAGAAUCUAUGAACAUCUCUCAGGCAUUGUAUUAAAGUGUAGGUGUUCAGAAAAGUAAUUAAGAAGGGCUCUAGUAAUGACUUCCAGUCGAAUUCA